AUGGUGAAUACAGAUCCUCCUAGGACUUUGUUCAGUCAACUUCCAGGACUUGUUCAGUCAACUUCCACUCUUCCAUGGAUUCUCUUUUCUUCGCAAUUGCCGAUGUCCCUUCGUGCAUAUAUAAAAACCCACUGCCCCAAGUUCUUCUACAUCCUCAAAAACCUCUACUCGUUCUUCUCCAAAUCAAUGGAAGAAUCAAAUCCAUCCGACGGAAUAAGCGAUACUCCGCCGUCGUUCGAUCCUUUAGCGCCGGCGGUUCCAAUUUCGUACCCUCUGAAAACACUCGAGGAAUUGGAAUCGCGGGCAUACUUCAAAUCGUUCCAUUAUCCUUUCAACAAGGCUACUGAGAAGCUGAAGGGCGAUUUGCCUAAGAGGCAGCAGAUUUUGGUGUGCCAUGACUUCGCGGGAGGGUAUACUGAUGAUAAAUUUGUGCAAGGUGGGGUGAAUGCUGAUGCUUACGCGGUUUGGCAUUGGUAUUUGAUUGAUAUUUUUGUGUAUUUUUCGCAUAAUUUGGUGACUUUGCCGCCUCCUUGCUGGACCAAUACUGCUCACAGACAUGGUGUAAAGGUAUUAGGGACUUUCAUCAUGGAAUGGGAUGAAGGCAAAAAACUUGCUGAAACACUGCUAUUGACGAAGGAGUCUGCUCAUAUGUACGCUGAGCGCUUGACAGAGCUUGCUGUUGCUUUGAACUUUGAUGGGUGGCUGAUCAAUAUGGAAGUCACUUUGGAUCCUAAGCAAAUCCCGAACCUGAAAGAAUUUGUAAGCCAUUUAAGCCAAACCAUGCACUCAUCAGUACCUGGAUCUGCAGUUAUAUGGUACGACAGUGUUACCAUUGAUGGUGAUCUUAGCUGGCAAAACCAAUUAAAUGACAAAAACAAGCCUUUCUUUGACAUAUGCGAUGGCAUUUUUUUGAAUUAUUCAUGGAAGGAAGAUUAUCCGAAAUCAUCAGCUGAUGUUGCCGGUGACAGAAAAUUUGAUGUCUACAUGGGCAUUGAUGUUUUUGGAAGGGGUACUUUUGGUGGCGGACAAUGGACUACAAAUGUUGCCCUUGACGUGAUAAAGAAAGAUGAAGUUUCAGCUGCCAUAUUUGCUCCUGGAUGGUUGUACGAGACUAAGCAACCACCUGAUUUUCAAACAGCUCAAAAUCGCUGGUGGGGACUUGUCGAGAAAUCAUGGGGGGUUGUACAAAACUAUCCCAAAAUACUUCCCUUCUACUCAAAUUUUGAUCAGGGUCAUGGUUACCAUAACUAUAUUGAUGGGGAGCAAGUCUCAGGCACUCCUUGGAACAAUAUUUCUCUCCAAAGUUUUCAGCCUUUUAUCGAAUAUCCUGAAGACCCUACUACUCAGCCUAUCCAAGUUGUUGUUGAUUUUAAAGAUGCAUCUUAUAGUGGAGGAGGAAACAUCAAAUUUAUAGGAACUCUUGGUGAUGAUACUUUCACAGCACGCCUCUUUCAAGGAGAGCUCCUUUUGGGGAAUUCACCAGUUCACUUCACUUAUUCUGUUAAAUCAAGUGGGAACUCUCUGCUCGGUCUUGCUCUUGAGUUCUUUUCUGCCAAGAAUGAGAAAAAUCACCAAGUUGGAGACAGAGCCCGGGUGGGUUAUACAAGAAAGUAG